AUGACUGAUGUGAUCAGCCUACUCACAUUCCCAGAUACAUCCAAGGCAUUCACAGCCUACCGGUCUACAGUAGUUGACGUUGACAAUCAGGCAUCUCAUCCACGCAAGACCCCACGCUUGGACGCCGACUCUGACUCGGGUUCUGCAUCCAGAGCGCGCGAUGCUGUGAAAGGCAAGAAUGUCGACAGAGGAGGCCCAGUAAGGAUUCAGGUUCAUGGCUUUACAGGUUCGCGCGGUACCGUCGGAUCUGCGUUGAACAAGGUUUAUGAUAGCUUGUAUGUGCGGCUAGCGCGCAGCAUCAGGGCACUCUUGGAGAAAGGAUCUGGUGAACUGGGUACGACAUAUGAGGGUGUCUACACCGCAUGCCGGGGCAUUGUGUGUAUUGCUGGGAGAGGCGAGGGCCUAUAUGAGAUGUUGAAAGCCGAAAUCCACAGAUGCGUCAAUCGCCUGGCGGAAGAGCUUGAGAAAACAAAUAAGGACGGUGUUGAGUGGAUCGGACAAUUCGUCGAGACGUGUGCAUGGUUUGAGAGACAGGUAGCCCUACUAGAAUCACUCCUUACCUACCUCGAUCGUGCUUAUGUGCUCAAGAAUCCUAGUAUUCUUUCUAUUCAUGACCUUGCAUUCACUCGUUUCAGAGAACGCAUAUUUAGCGGUUAUUUUAUCGUGGAAAAGCUUCAGAAAGGCAUCUCCACAUGGGUCACAUGGGAGAGGAACGAAGGACAAGUACAUAUCCAGCGCCCCUUCCUGAAAGAGCUUGUUUCCCACCUCAUCACACACCACGUAUACGAUGCCAUCUUCGAACGACACUUCGUCGAGCAGACUCAGGAGUACUUCUCAAAAGAAUCGUAUCAGAUGGUCGAGGUCGAGAAAGCCAAGGCGAAGGUAUUCCUUGCGCACUGCAAUCAGCGGACGAAUGAGGAGCAGGGUAGAGCGAGGGCUGUCAUGCUUGAUGGUACUGUCGCGCUUGUCAAGGAUGCCGCCAUUCGGGCGCUUUUCGAGGGGAGGCUAGAGUGGAUGGCUAAAGAAGUAUUCACGGAGUGCAAGGGCACUGCUGACCUCAAGAAAACGUAUGCGCUGUUUUCAUCGGUAGACGGCCUGCCCGUGCUGUGCCGAGAGUUCAAGGCUUAUGUCCAAAAAACAGUUCAAGAUAUCGUGAAAGAUGCAUCCAAGGACGACGAGAUGGUCAACCGUCUCCUCGAAUUCAAAUCCUUUGCGGAUAUAACACUCAAGGAAGCAUUCGUCAAUCCGUCCACUAAGCAGACCAACCAAGACUUUUCCUACGGACUCAUCGACGCGUUCACCAAAGGGUUCAAGGCGCGGCGCAAUAAGCCUGCUGAGCAGAUUGCGAAGCAUAUCGAUAGACUCAUGCGCCAUGGACAGCGAGGCGUGUCGGAUGCUGUGUUUGAGGCGUUGCUGGAUGCUGCUCUUGCUCUCUACAGGUUUACGGAUGAUAAGGAUGUGUUUAGAACAUUUUAUCAUCGGGCGCUAGCGAAGAGAUUGUUGCUGGAACGCAGUGCCUCUGAUGAUUUUGAGAAGGCCAUGCUCAAGAAACUCAAAGAGAAAUAUGAUCCAGAAUUUGGCAUGGGAGAUCAUAUGUUCAACGACCUUGCGUUGUCGCGAGAUAUCAUGCGGGAGUACCACGCUCGUAUCAGGGAUGACAGCUCCGCAAAGAAUCUUUCUGUCAUGGUUUUGCAACGAAGCGUCUGGCCGUUCCUUGCGCGAACGACAGACGUGGACUUGCCUUCUUCAAUGCAAGUAGAUCUGAACCAUUACACGACUUUUUACAAGAUCAAACAUCAGGGGCAUAAACUCGAUUGGGAUCAUUCGCUUGGAACAGCUACGGUCAAAGCGUGGUUUGCGGCCGGUCCUAAAGACCUUACGGUCAGCUUAUACCAAGCUGUUGUGUUACUUCUCUUCAACAAGGAAACAGAGAUUGGCUACAGACAGAUCUUAGAGGAGACGCUUUCCAAAAUAGACGAUGGGGAGCUGAAGAGGACGUUGCAGAGUCUGGCGUGCGCGAACAAGAAGGUGUUAAAGAAGCGUCCGGCGGGGAAGAAUGUGAACAAUAACGAUGUCUUUUACUUUAAUCCGGAAUUCACUGAUCCGCGCGCGAAAGUGCACAUCAACUCCAUUCAGGCGAAGGAGACGGCUGAGGAAAGCCAACGGACUCAAUCGCACAUCGAGGGAGACCGGAAGCACUAUUUGGAUGCAGCGAUUGUGCGAAUUAUGAAAGCGAAGAAGGAGCUUUCGCAUGAGCAGUUGAAGAACGAGACGAUUGAUGCUGUGAAAAGUCACUUUGUGCCAGAUGUGAGCGUCAUUAAGCACCGGAUUGACGGGCUGGUUGAGCAGGAGUAUUUGAGACGGGAUGAAGAAGAUCGUAAUUUGUAUAUUUACGUAGCGUAG